UCCUUGUCAAAUCCACACUUUCCUCUCUAUAAUAUAUUACUCUGCAUCUCUCUGCUUUUUCUUGUUCAUUGCCAACACAACUUUUCAUUUCAUUAUAUAAACACAUUCACAUACACAAACAUAGUCAUAGUCAUAUCAUAGAUAUUAGAUAUUUUUUUAGCUUUCAAGUGUUUGGUUUUUUGUGAAGAUCAUAGAAGAAGAAUCUGUUUUUGUGUGAACAAGAUGGAGAACAACAAUCAGCAAUCCUUUUGGCAAUUCAGUGAUCAGCUCCGUGUGCAACAAACUUCCAAUCUGGCCAACCUUUCUCUGAAUGAUUCCAUUUGGAGCAACAGCAGCAGCAACAUGAACAACAAUUUCAUGCCCACCAAGAGUGAAAGGAGGAACUUUGACAUCAGGGUCGGUGGUGAUAUCAAUUCAAAAGAGCCUGCUUCUGAUUUCAAUGAUGGCUGGAAGCAAAUGAUGAAUAGCACCCCUAAUGGUUCUCUCUACAAUUACAACCCUCUAAUUGGUGGUGGUGGAGCAGGUCUUAAUGGAGGGUUCAACAAGGGGAUUUAUGAUUCCAAGCCUAUGUAUGCUAUUGCUAACAACAACAACUUGAACAACAUCAAUCUCAAAGGGAACAACAAGGUUGGUGGUGAAGAUGAGUUUCUGUUUUCUCACCCACAUAAAAAUUUCAAGAAGAACACCAACCCUAACAAGAAGCAAGGGGAAAGCAACAACAACAACAACAACAAUGAUAGCAACAACAAGAGCAAGGAUGCCAAGAAGUUUAAAACCCUGCCAGCAUCAGAGUCUCUGCCUAGGAAUGAAACAAUUGGAGGCUACAUCUUUGUUUGCAACAAUGAUACCAUGGCAGAGAACCUCAAAAGGCAACUAUUUGGUCUUCCUCCAAGGUACAGGGAUUCAGUUCGGGCCAUUACUCCAGGGUUGCCCCUAUUUCUUUACAACUAUUCCACUCACCAACUCCAUGGAAUCUUUGAGGCUGCAAGUUUUGGAGGAACUAACAUUGAUCCAUCUGCCUGGGAAGACAAGAAGUGCCCUGGUGAAUCUCGUUUCCCUGCUCAGGUACAAGUGCUUACUAGGAAAGUUUGUGAGCCACUUGAGGAGGAUUCCUUCAGGCCCAUCCUUCACCACUAUGAUGGCCCCAAGUUCCGUCUUGAGCUGAACGUGCCCGAGGCAUUGUCUCUUCUGGACAUUUUUGCAGAACAAGAUACUUUCAAUGACACUUUCAAGGAAUUUACAGCAUAAAAGGAUAGAAGUAGCAGAAUUACAAGAACAGCACUCACAGAGGCAAAUACAUAAAUAUAGAGUUGGUUUGGUUUGAAUGUUAUGGUUAUGGACCUUGCAAAUUAAGAGAGUCCCAAGAUAUAACAUAACACAAUGGAUAUGUAUAGCUUAGGACGCUUGGAUAUUGAGCCUAUAUGUGUUCUAUUGUUUUUGUAUAGACUUUGCCAUUAAUGGUUGUCUUUUCUUGUAUUGGUAUAUACUAUCAUCAUAUACAUCAAGAAAAACACAAUAAGAAAGAAUAAAUAUUAUUAUGGUUA